GUGAGGGAGAGAGAGUAGGAGGAAUGAAAGAUAACAGUUUGUGUGCACGUCUGCAUCAAAACUCUAUGCACUUCCUCUUGGUGCUGCAUCAGACCAGACCGUUGUGUUCAUCUGGGAACAGCAAGGAGACUGACACAUCUUGGAGGUGAACCCAAAGAACAAUCUAGAAAUCCACAACCUUUCAAAUCUAGACUGGAUAAAUUCGCCAAAACUGGAUUAAACAUUGAUACAAUGGAAACACAUCCAUUUACACUUUAUUUAUGGUCAUGAACUAGCGACAUGAUGUGAAAACAAAAAACAACAAUCUGAAAGUAGUGUGCAAGAAUACUUGGCCUCAAAAUGGCGGCUAAUGGCCUCAUGGGUUCUCCUUCCAUUGUUAAAUCCCUCCCACCCAAGAAGAGGAAUUCAAGCGAGAACUCCAAUGAAGCUCCAGCUGAGCCGGUUUUCAAGAUGCCUUCUCCAUUCUGGAAUCAGAAUAACUUCAAGAGAUCCAGGAGGACACGGGAACCAACAACAGUCUCUUACAUCGAUCUUCAUUCCGCAGCCACAUAUCAUCCACUAUGGAACGAUGUUGGCUGUGCCUCAAACCAAGUUCUUUUACACCCAAUAGGUGACAAUGGUACAUUUUCUUCAUGGGGUCCAUAUUUUGAAAGCAGCGAACAGCCAUUAGGUGUGUCGAACCAUAAUGGGAAUGAUCUGAUGAGCAUCCAUAAUUUUCAUGGAGCUUCUUCCUACUGGAGCUCCGGUCCUCUUACCGAACAAAGUGAUUUGUUUUUUAAAAGCUAUGGAAGGUUCUCCAAUCAUUACAAGCCAAAAAUCAUAAAGCCUAUACCUCGGUCUUUGGCGUCUCAUUACACCAGAAGGGUUCCUCAUAAAGAUGUGGCAAGGUGGCAGUUUGAUGUGGAGAGUGCGAGAAGUGCUCAGUGGGAUGAAAGACUACAGAAUGAGAGUAUGAAAAAUGAUACGAGGACGAGGAAGAGGAACUACAUAAGAGAUGGAAUGAAGCAGAAUUCUGGUCAGUUUCCUGAGUCCGGAACAGAUCAUUCCAGACACAAAUAUUAUUCUGAGUUUAAGGACUUAUCACUGGCAAAAGCCGCCAAAACAGAAGAUCUCCAGCACCAGCAGUUUCCUGUUAUUCAGCAGUCUUGUUCCAACAAUGAGCAACUCAAGUCAGGGACUGAAGUGACUAUGAGAGGUGAGCACCCUCUGCUGGCCAGGAGUGAAAAAGCGGACACAAAGGAACAGCAAGAACUUGUAUUAACUUCCUCUCGGCUUUUGUCACGCUUUUUUGAGGGCUCUCUGAUUGAGCUUGAUAGGGGUCAGUUGAAGCGUGUGGAGGACUUACAGUUGGAGGAUUUUGAGUGCUGUACUGCGUCAUGCCCAGAGUUAAAUCUGACAAGGUUCACUGUGAAGAAGGUCAUGUGCUCUGAUAAACCUGGACUGAUCUGUUUGGAGGUAGAGGUUGACGAUAACCUCCAUUCUAAGAUCUCCCUGGAGGUGUGUGAGGAGUACCCGUUCUUUGUGUGCGGUCGCGGCUGGUCUUCUUGCAGUCCUGACAGAACUGCUAAUCUCUGCUGCCUCCGCUGCCAACAGCUGCACCUGGGGGACAUGUGCCUGGCACUAACACCUGUACCUGUUCCACCUGCUGAACAGAGUCGGCUGAGCACAGGUGUGGGUGACGUUGGGUUUCUGAAUCGUGCCCAGGCUGCAAAACCCAGCAAACCGAGACGGAGACACAGAUCAGCCCCAGAACUCAGAAAUGUACAAUAAUAUCAAAACAGUACGACAGAGUUACAAAUUUUAUUUUAUAAUAUAACUAUAUACACAACUGCUUACACAGUGAAAAGAUGAUGGGGUAAAAAACAAAUACUCAUAUUUUCUAUAGAACAACUUACUAUGAAAUUGCACU